AUGGACGUGGACGAGAUAUCCCGACGGAUCGAGGAGGCCAUGGACCUCGCCUGCCAGCAGCAAGCCUCAACGGUGUCGCCGGCGUCGGUGCCGACGGAGACCGAGGCGACUAAGCCUUCCAUGCCGCCCGCACGGGUGGCGAACGCGGGCAAGACGGUGGACGAAGUCUGGGCUGAGCUGAACAAGUCUCCGCUGUUCAUGACGGAGCUCGAGGAGAACGACGACACGGCGGCGCUCCAGGCACUCAGCUACGAAGGCACGGCGCUCGAGAACUGCGCCGAUUUCAAGGAACGCGGAAACGACUGCUUCAAGGUCCGCGGCUACGCCGACGCGCGCGAGUUCUACACCAAGGGCGUCCUCGUCCUCGUCGCCGAGGAGCGUAAGCGUGCUCGCGGCGAGACGACGACUGAUCCCGACGGCGUGCCCGAUUCCGACGAGGAGAUUGCCCGCCAGCGCGCCAUGCUCGAGGCCCUUCACGUGAACCGCGCUGCCUGCCAUCUCGCCCUCGCCAACUACCGCAGCUGCUGGCUCGACUGCGCCGCCGCGCUUCGUCUCAACCCGCGCAACAUCAAGGCCUGCUACCGCAGCGCGCGUGCCCUGCUGGCCGUCGAUCGCGUCGACGAGGCCGACGACGUCUGUGCUGCCGGCCUCGCCCUCGACCCGGACAACAAACCGCUGCGCGAGGCCGCUGCGGAUAUCGCCAAGCGCGCCCGUCUACUCGCGGCCAAGAAGGCGGUCGAGGAAGCACGCAUCGCGACGGCCCAGCACCGCGAGAAGCUUCUCGAAGCCGCGCUCGCCGCCCGCAACAUCCCUACCCGCCGCACCGACAAACCGCCCGAGAUGGCCGACAUGAAACUCGCCCUCGUCCCGGACCCCGACGACCCCCGCAGCACACUCUCCUUCCCUACCGUCCUCCUCUACCCGCUCCAGAUGGAGUCGGACGUCAUCAAGGGCUUCGAGGAAACCCAGUCGCUCGGAGACCACCUCGCCUACAUACUACCGCCCCCGUGGGACGAGAAGGCGGCGUACGGAAACGCCGCCGCCGUCUCGUGCUUUGUCGAGACCCGCGACGGCGGCCUGCUCAAGAUGGGCAAGCGCGUGCCCCUCCUCCAGGUGCUCGGCACCGGCCGUGUCGAGGUGGUGGAUGAGGUCCUGCGCAUCUUCGUCCUACCCACUGCUGAAGCCGAUGCCUGGGUCACCCUCUUCAAGAGCCAGAGGGCUGCUCAGAAGGGCGUGAGGUGA